AUGGGUUCGGGGGGGGGGGGGAGGGGUAUUUUGAAUAGGGUCGGUCGUAGAAGCAGUACAUUCCCCAGUUCAGUGCAAGCAAUAGCAGGAAUAGAAAAAUAUUAUAGAGAUCAAGUGAUAGAUUCUUAUGCGGAGGCAUUAAGAGUGGUGUAUGGUUUUGGGUUGGGUGUUAGUGUAUAG